CUUGGUACACUUUUAUACCAUCAGGGCCGUCUAAUGGAUAGUGGUGGCCCUGUUCCAAUAUUGAGAUGUGGUUCAAAUUGACUUUGAAGUAUAAAGAAAAUAAAAUGUUUAUAUUAUCGUUAUGUGAAAUGUAAUAUAUAUCUAACAUUGUUUUAAAUAAAAUUAUCUAUUGCCUCGUUACGUAUGGUGCUUUCUAUAGUCUUGUUAAUGAUGAAUGGUGCUUGCCGGAUGAGAUGGAAAAAAGAGUUGUUGAGGCUCGGGCUAAAGGUGAAGAACCCAAUCAUUGGGACAUAUAUCGUUAGGUUGUUGGGAGCCACGCAAAGGUCGAGUACUUGAGAUUAGGGCUGGGAAAGGGUGUGGUCUGGUCCAGACCAGACCAUAUAGAUGGUCUACGGUCCAGAACGAAAGACUAAAGUAUAGACCAGAGACCAAACCACAUACUAUACGGUCCAUACCAGACCACACCUGUGCGGUCUGGUACGGUCUGGCCCAGAUAGACCACAUUGAAAAAAAUGAACACUUUGUUAAGUCAACCACACUAAAAUUGAAGCAAUAACUAAGAAAAAAAAAUUGUUUUCUUCCUUAAAAAAUAAAAUCCGACAUGCAUGAACAAUUUCGACACCAUAUAUCUUAGUAAAUAACAAAGAUACAAAGUCAAAGAAUCUCAAGGCACAGCAUAACGUCACAAACAUUAACAUAAUAUCAUAUGGAGACACGAUCAUCUCUACUCUCUAGUGAAAUAUGGUUGUGAAUGAAGGAGGAGACGAGAUUCUCAAAAUUAAGGUUGAGACUUGAGUCUCGUUGGGGUAGUUGGGAGGGUGGUCGAGUGGGCUACUAACAUGUAUUGGAAAGUCGGCUAGAUCCACAGUUUGGUCAGGUAAACCGCGGUCUAGACCAGACCAUACCAAGAUAUCAAAACUUCAUAUAAUACAGACCAUGGACCAGACCAUUCUUUACGGUCUAAGGUCCAGACCAAACUGUGUGGUCCAGUUUGGUCCAUGGUUUUUCAAAUGGUCUGGUUUAUUUUCCCAGCCCUACUUGAAAUGUUUUUGGGAGUCACAACAAGAUGUUUAUGUCUAUUUGAUCACUUCGAUCCGUGCAAAUUAUUAUCAAUGGAUAGAACAUGUCAACAACUACCUCAUCUUAAGCCAAGUUUAACCUAAGACGACAUUGUCGUAUAGUGGAAUCAAGGUCGUAUUUUACUCUGGUCCUGGUACCCUAGCCUACUUCCCACCCAGUUACUAAUUAGUUAAUCAGUUUUUUAGGUUUGAGUGGAGGAUUUGAGGAGAUAACUAGACUAGAGAUUGAUCAUAGCUAAAAGAAGGUACUUCGGGGAACUAACCCUCCCCCUAGCUUAAGGUUACUAUGCAUGUAAGAUACUUAGGGUUAUAGAAUGUGUCGAGUGAACACUUUUCUGUGGGCUUUCAUGGUUAUCCACACGCCUCUGAGUACUCCUCCCCUAAAAUCAUAUAUAGUCACCUCGAUCUAGGCUAUUGUAUCUAGGGAAUUAAGCAUAUGGCUCGUUUCAAUGGAUACUAUCCACCGUCCACACCGAGGUUUUAUCCCGGGUUUUAUUUAGGAAUGCUAACCUAAGGUAGGGGUUAUGUCGCCUCGACCAUCCUAUGUCCUAUUCAUACAUAUAUCACGUUUUGAUCUGUGGCACAUACUCGUUUAAUCCUAGAACUCCAUAACCACAAACACAAUCCAUGAUAGAAUAGCAAUUAAAUCAACUAAAUAAACACAUUCAUUCAUUCGAACCCUAAAAUAUCCAUACAUACAUACAUAAGAAUCCUUAAAACUAGGGUUUGGGGUUUAGAACCCCUAGUACCUUAGAGGACUACUCCAUGAAGUAGGGAAGAAGAAACAUAGAAGAAAUUGAAGAAGACUUGUGUUGAGGAAGAUGCUCCCUUUCUUCUAACUCCUUCUUUUAGCUUCUCUCUCGUCUCUCUCUCUAAAACCAUAAAUUUCUCUCAAAAUCAGCUCAUCUAAAAGGGGAAAAAGUGUCUACUAUCUAUAGGCCUUCUGAGACGGAGAAGUUCACGGCCAGAGGCGAGGAGAUCUCAAGCGGGAUCUUCUGAGGUGAGGUCGUGAUCUCAAAAUGUUAUCGUCAUGGCCUUCUGAAAGGGGAAGAUCGUGGGCUGACUUUACGGUCGCGAUCCACUUGUCGCGGCCACAAUCUUCCUCGCGGGCAAAAUGUGCUUAGGCCGUGACUUGACUGGGGAAACUUUUUGUUUCUCCAUGGCUCCUUCCUCGCGAAGUUCGCGCCCUGAGCCCUCCAAUUCGCGAUCGCGAUCUUGGGCUUCCAGGAUGCGAUCUUUAGCUUGACUUCGUGGGUUGUGUUCUCGGCCGUGAUCUUCAGCUUCCAGGCCACGAUCUUUAGCUUCCUGGCCCUUAGCUACACUUGUGACCUUGUUUUGUACCUAAUUCGCAUGUAUCAUCUAAUACACUCUAAAAUCACAUCGAAUUCAAAUAGGAACGGAAUAGGAUUUCAAUUGAUGAUGUUUAAGCAUUUAUGCACAUGAAUUGGCACGAAACAAACCUUAAUAUGAAGGGUAAAUAACACCAAUUUAGGUGAUAUCACUAUACCUCAACAUAUGGUUUUAGUAAACGCAAUCAAGAAGAUAGCUUAAAGGAGAAAGAAAAAAGUGAUGCAGUCAUCAAAGAAUUGCAAGAAAAGAUAGUAUCGCGGGAAAUUCAGUUCCUUAGCUUGUUCAAGCUGCCUUGACUCAAUUUGGUAUAACGGUAUGACACAUGUUACAAUUCUUACUAUUUUUACCUAUAGAAUUUUGUCUUAAUCUUAUUGUUGUUAAUGUUUAAUAGGUUAACAAGACCAACCAAAAUGGUGACAUAAGUGACAGAGAUAGCAGUGAUGAAGAAGAAGGAGAAGGAGAAGAAGAAGAUGAAAAUUUAGAAUACAACUUAGAUAAUCAAGAUUGAUAUUUUUUUUGGACUAGUUUUCAUAUUCUUGGAUUUCAUAUUUCUCUAUUUUAUGUUUAUCAAAUAUUGGUCACUGCCAUUUAUGGGCAUAACAAGACAGUUGAGAGAGUUGAUAUGUAUGAAGAGUUAAGAAAGUGCAUAGUACUUCAAGAGCCUAGUAUUUUUCUUGGUGAUUUUAAUGCAAUUGUUGAGGCGUCAGAAGCUUCAAAUAAACCUGUAUGUAACCAAAGUAUGGGUGAUUUGAUCGUGCCCUAGUUAAUGAUGAGUGGCUGGGUGUUUUCGAGGAUAGUUUGGUUAAAACUUUGUCCCCUGGAGUCUCGGAUCACUGUGGUCUUUUUGUUCACACUGAUCCUUUGGUAGAAUCAGAGUUUGUUGGAGGGUGCUUGGCAAAUUGAAGUUGAGGGAGUUCCAUAUUUCCAAUUGUAUCAGAGGUUGAGAGAACUAAAGUUAAAGCUGAAGGGCUUAAAUAGGUCUCAGUAUUCUGAGAUUUCUUCAAGAGCAAGGGAGGCUGAAGGUAAACUUGAGGCAUUGCAGCAAGAUGUGCUAGAUGAUCCUUCUGUUCAACACUCUAAUGCAGUUUUGGAACAUGAAAUGGUUUGUAGAGACUUGCAGAAGGCUGAAGAGAAAUUUUACAGACAGAAAUCAAGAAUUAGAAGAAUUAUUGAAGGAGACUCCAACACUAGAUUUUUUCACAGUAUGGUUAAAGUUAGAAAUCAUCGACAAACUAUUCAAAAGUUGAUUACUGAUGAUGGAUUAGUUCUUACUGAGGUUAAGGCUAUGGGUCAGUUGGCUGUUGAGUUUUAUAAGGGCUUGCUAGGUAGAGCAGAUCCUCUGGUGUAGGACACUUCGCUAUCUUUUUUUGCGGAUAUGCUCUCUCGCAAGCUUGGAGAGGAUGAUAUGUAUCUUUUGAACUCUGCUGUUACAAGAGAAGAAAUUAAGGCAGUUUUCAUGUCUAUGGGUAAUGAUAAGGCUCUAGGACCAGAUGGAUACACAGAUGAUUUUUUUAAACUGGACUGGAAUAUUGUUUGCAAAGCUGUUGAAGACAUUGUGUUGGAUUUCUUCAAAACUGGUAUCAUGGCUCGAUAGGUAAACUCAACCAUUCUUGCUCUCAUUCCUAAGCUAGCACUGGUUGAUAGAAUGCAAGAUUUUAGGCCAAUAUCGUGUUGCAAUGUUGUUUAUAGAGGGAUCUCGAAACUGUUAGCAAAUAGACUCUCCCUAGUGUUGCCAAAACUUAUAGGGACUAGUCAAUCUGCAUUUGUUAGAGGGAGACUUAUUAGUGACAACAUCCUUAUGGCAAGAGAAUUGGUUAAAGAUUAUCACAAGGCCACUGUCUCAUCUAGAUGUGUUUUGAAGAUUGAUUUGAUGAAAGCAUUUGAUUCUGUGGAUUGGAAAUUCCUUCUGAAGGUUAUGACUGCUAUGAAUAUUCCAUCUGAGUUUCAUCAAACUGAUUGAAGCUUGUGUCACAUCUCCUAUGUUGAGUGUGGCUUUCAAUGGAGGACUUUGUGGUUAUUUCCCAGCAGGCAAAGGGUUGAGGCAAGGGGACCCUCUCUCCCCCUACCUGUUCACUAUUGCCAUGGAGGUCUUUUCUUGUAUGUUAGCUAGGGAUGUGUAUCGUGAUUUCAUCCCUUAUCAUCCAUGAUGUAAAGGUCUUGGAAUCACUCAUCUUUGCUUUGCGGAUUACCUCCUGGUCUUUUCAAAUGGUUCAAUUGGAGCAGUUGUUGGGAUUAAAAGGUUACUUGAUAGGUUUUAUCAAGUUUCUGGGCUAAAAUGUAAUCUUACCAAGUGUCAAUUGUUCUGUGUUGGUAUUUCCAAAGAAGAGUAGAAGUGGAUAUCAAAUUAUAUGGGGUUCCCUUUGGGAGAACUGCUAGUAAGAUACUUAGGAGUGCCUCUUUUGUCUGGGAAGUUGUCGGCUCAGGACUGCAGCAUCUUGGUGAGUAAAAUAACUAAGAGGAUCACAUCUUGGCAAGCCAAAACACUCAGUUAUGCUAGGAGAAUACAAUUGAUAUCUUCUUUUAUCACUAGUGUUUUUCAAUACUGGAUGUUUGUUUUUCUGCUACCAUUGAGGGUCUUAAAGUCGAUUGAAGAAGUAUGUAAUAAGUUUCUAUGGGGUGUUGGUUCAGAAGCUGGGAGGAAAAAGGCUCCAGUAUCAUGGUCACGAGUUGCUUUAUUGAAAACAGAAGGAGGGUUGGGGAUAUGGGACUUCAAGACAUGGAAUAAAGCUUGUGUUCUUCGGCAUCUGUGGAACUUGCUUGCUGAAGCAUGGUCAUUGUGGGUAGCCUGGAUUCAGAAAUAUAGAGUUAAAGGACGAGACAUUUGGACAAUCCCUGCGAGCUCUGUCAGUUCGUGGGUGUGGAAGAAGAUACUCAAGUGUAGAGUGCUUGCUCAGUCCCACAUCACGGGGGCAUGUAAUACUCUUGCUUGGGAUGGAACUUUAUUGAGCAAAUAUUAUGUUAAGAUGAUUUGGUCUUCCAUUCGUGUCCCAUCCCCCUCUAUUGAGUGGUAUUCUAUAUUGUGGGGCAAGCCUUUUAUCCCAAAGCAUAGCCUCUUGGUAUGGUUGAUAAUAUUGAAUAGAGUUACUACGAAAGACAAGCUUCAAGGAUGGGGGUUAGCAGGUGAUAGUUGUUGUGUCCUCUGUCCUGGUGGGUUUGAAAGUCGCGAUCAUCUAUUCACUACGUGUUCUUACAGCAUGAGAUUUUCCAGACUGUGCUAAGGAAGGUCUGCAGAUGGCCCUCUUUCCAGGACUGGUGUUCCCAGUUGGCUUGGGUGACGCAAAAAUGGUCAGGUACAAGCUCGAAAGAUAAGAUUGGUAGAAUGUUGUGGACGAUGAGUUGUGCAUAUAUUGGCGCGAGCGAUGUACUCGCAUUUAUGGUGCAAGAAGAGUUUUAGAUCCCAUUCAAAUCUCAGCAAAAGUAGUGCAGGAGCUCCAACAAGUAGUACGAUUGCCUUACAACAUAUGGUUAUGGAAGUGCUGGGUUUAUAGAGUUUUUUGUUGUUGGAUUUGCUUCCUUGUUAGUAUAGCUUUUUCUUAUGAGUGAAAGAAACAUAUCGUUGCUAAUAUUAUAGUAUCUUUUCGUCAAACUGAUUAAAUUAGUAAUGGCUACAUAUCAUCGCGAACAAUAUUUUUUUCGACAAAGUGCUUAUUUUUGUGACGGCUACAUAUCAUCGCAAACUAUAUUUUAUUUGUCAAACCAAAUAAUUUAGUGACAGCUACAAAUGAUCAGCAAUAGUAUUUUUUUUUGUCAAGAUUUAGCAACGUCGUAUAUAUUGGAAUCCUUAUUUGUGAUAUCCCUCCUUCGUCGUAAAUAUAAUAUAUGUAACGAUGUUUAAUUGUCUCAAAUACCAUUUAACUUUUUCCAAAAAAAUGUAUUCCCGAUG